CUCCACCUCCGCCGUGUGUUCUCCGCUGUCACGAGGAGCAUCUCAGUUACGCGCCACGGGGUUGAGAAGGCGGACGUGUUCAUUCGGCGUUCCGGCCCGACGCUUUUACGUGCGUGCGAGAGAAAAAAAAACAACAAGCAAAACAAACCCACCCGUCGAAUCCGCGCGCCUGCGUUCGGGCUAAUUAAUAUUUGCGCGCCAUUAUCGACUCGAUCGAUCGAUCUAUCGUUAUCGCCGCCGCGGUCGUUGUAACCUUUCCCGCCCAUUCGGCGACGCGCGCGUCGCGAGUGACGCAGAAAACGGAAAAGACGCGUAUUACGGUAAUAAAUUAGGGUAUUAGGGUAACGAAAGACGCGUAACAGGGUCGUUAAAAUUGCGAUCGUGCGUAACAUAGCAUAACCAUUAAUCAUGACAUCGAAAUUGACGCGCGGCGAUCUUCGAUCCUUGACCGAAGAGAAUCGCAGCGAUUAAUUAACCGCGGUGCCUCCGUGUCUUCGUGUCGCUAUUGAUUUAUCGGGACGAUGAAUCGGCAUGUAUAAGAGUAACAACAACGGCGAGACGCGCGCACGUCGCGAAGGCGAGUGCGACACGCGAGCCGACCAAGUGCGAAACGAAGUCGGGCUCUUCGUUUUGCCGCGUGAUGACUCGGCACGUCCGCAGAUUCGCGUGACACGCGUAGCACAGCCCUAUUAGACGAUAUCGCACGGAAAUCCGUCUUACGCGCCCGCGUCGAACUCGCCGCUGCGCGCGUAAUGGACGAAAAACACCGCGAGCGUGUUUAACGCGCAUCACGCAACGAGCAAGCGACCGAUCAAUCGUCGAUUCGUCCGUUCGUUCCCUGAGAUGCAAGCGAAAGCGAUUGACUCGGACACGUGUGAGAUUGAGAGGAUGCGAGAGAGUGGUCGUUAAGAAUAUUGGGGAACGACGAAGGUCUCGACCGUUUGGCUGAAGCUGAAGAGAGGAGCGAGCGCGGAAACGCGACUCAGGACGCGGAAACGGGGAAAGUUUUACGCACGGAACUGGUAGCGGAUCGUUCCGAUACAGAGUCGAGAUAGGAAGGUAUCGGUAUUGCAAUUUGUGACGAUUGGGACAACUGGGGGAGGGACGAUAGCGACGCGUACCGAGAUAACUCUCACUCCGGAGUGCUUCCCGAUGGUAAAUUUCAUGAAGGUUGCGGAACGCUAUCGUUCUACUGAACUGAACGAGCAGCUGACAUCAUCAUCCCCCUCGUAUCAUCUGCUUUCAAUAUCUGGUCUGGCAUUGAUCAGCUCCGCGACUUCGACGGCUCUUCUUCAGCGAGCGGAGCGAUUUCAGUUGCCUGACGGGCAACUGCACGAGAAUAGAACACACGAAUUUAGAACACGGAGAUAGAGCGUGGGAAUUUAUCUAAGAAAUUUCGUAGACAUUCUCUUUCGACACCGGAGCGAUGGGAGUCACGUGCCACGCCAACGCGUUCGUCCGCGUUCCUGUUUAAGACGCAACCGGUCGGGAAGAGGGAGAGCGGGUCGCGAGGUGUUUCAGGGAUAUCGGGAGUCCUCGAGGAAGCGAUGAUUGCACACAAAAUCGGCGGAAGGCAUCGCGAUGCCGCGUUCGUCCCGACGUCACGAUUGCCUCGAUCGAUCGCGAUAGAAUGGCGCGCUUCGUGAUCGGGAGGUAACAUCGACGACAAUCGGGCACUGCGUCGUCCGCGUCUUGCAUCGUCGACGACGGCCAAUAGGAAACCCGAGUCUUCGUCCCGAGCCGACGGUCGCGAUGGGAUUUCCGUUGAACGCGACCGAGCCGUACGACUACCAGGAUCAGAACUCCGUCCCGACGAACGCGUCGUCCGUGGUCGCGGAGCUGGACGUGCCGUACACCGUCUGCGAGACCCUGGUGGCGAUCUGCGCCGUGUUCGGCAACGGCCUGGUGAUCAUCGUCUUCGGCAAGGAGCGUCGGCUACGCAGACGCACCAACUAUUACAUCGUCUCGCUGGCCGCGGCCGAUCUCCUGGUCGGACUGUUCGCGAUCCCCUUCGCGAUCCUCGCGAACAUCGGCCUGCCGACGAACUUGCACGCCUGUCUCUUCACCACGUCACUCCUCGUGGUCCUGUGCACCAUCAGCAUCUUCUGCCUGGUGGCGGUGUCCGUCGAUCGUUAUUGGGCGAUACUGCAUCCCAUGGGAUACUCACGUACCAUGCGCACCAAAACUGCCAUAGGUAUAAUAUGCGCGUGCUGGGUAGCGGGUACUCUGGUGGGCUUCUUACCGCUGUUCGGAUGGAAUGCCGGCGAGCCGAGCGAUCACAGAUGCCUCUUCACGCAGGUGAUGGAUUACAACUAUCUUGUGUUCCUGUACUUCGCCACGAUCAUCUUCCCCGCCCUGCUGAUCGCAGCGUUCUACGCCCACAUAUACCGAGUGAUCGUAAAGCAGCAAAUCGUCACGAUGGAUCCCAACGGCGGCGGUGCUGGCAACGUCCGCCGUAUCACCGGCCUGCAUCUCGGCGCUCAUCAGACGUCCGGGACAAUGCUGCGCGUCCUCGGCGCGGCGCGCAAGCGGGAGGUCAAGGCCACGCAGAAUCUCUCGCGCAUCGUCCUCUUCUUCAUCGUCUGCUGGUUCCCGCUGUACACGAUAAACUGCGUGAUGGCAUUUUGCCCCAAGUGCGAGGUGAACGACUUCCUUUUGAAGUUCUGCAUCAUCCUCUCGCACAUCAACUCGGUCGGCAAUCCGCUCCUCUAUGCCUAUCACCUCAAGGACUUCCGCGCCGCGCUCAAGAACUUUACCUGGCGGCUGCUGUUUCCGCACAGCGACGUGAAGGCCAGCGUGAUCAGUGUGAUCCACGAGCGCGGUUCCCUUGCCGGGUCGCAGAGGCUUCAGCAGCAAUUCAGUGGUCUUCAGCAGUCGAGGAGCCAAAGGACGAGUUUGCUCCGUCAGGUGAUCGGCGAUGCCAGGAAGACAGGUGGGUAUCCCGAGAGGCGCGUCUCAUCACUACGCGACAGGGAGACACGCCAGAACGUCGCGGAGCCAUCGAUAAACGUCAAUACUACGGCUCUAAUCAGCAAUUCCGCACCAGCCAAUGAACGACUGAUCGGAGAGCUAGCUAACGACGUCGAUCGUAACGACGUGAUUGAGCGUGACACCGCUUCUCCGAUGGAGUUAAAGACGUACAAAUCGCUGGCGCCGCUCUUGCCCGCUGAGGAGGACUGCGUCGAGGAGACACCGCCCGCGUCCAUCUUCGUGAUAGAGGCUGAUGUGGUAAAUCAUACCGCUCCCGGUCGUCUUCGACAAGUUUUGCGCGUUUCGCUCGAUGAAGAGUCGCGAGAUAGAGUCGACGUAGUAACCGGAUAACUGGAAGAGAAAGAGAGAGAGAAUAAUCAUAUCAAAUCGUGUACGAUUACGAUAGUAAGGAGAAAACUUGAAACUCUCUGUGCGCGAUUUUUAUUAUUAAAAUGCAUAUAUUCCGAUAAAUUUAUUUUAUAUAUUAUUGAUUAAAUGUGUCAUGUAACAUGUGCAAGUAAAACAACGCGUUAUUUAAAGUGUUAUUAUUAAUGAUACUCUAGAAACUUUAAAAAGACGGAAGCAUAAAGUGAUAAAUAGAGCAACAAUCAUUUAAUUCGUUAUUUGUAAUUAAACAUUGUAAAUAAAAAAAAGAAUAGGAUAAAUUAAGGUAAAUACUAAAAACUUGGAUGAAGAUACAUGAGAAAAGAGUGCUAAUUAAAUCAGUGAUGAGGCACUAGUUUUUCAAUGACGAGUUAUUUUAUAUGAAGCUAAUGACGAGGCAGAAUUUCCAAGUGAUUGAGUAUCGAGAGAAACGGUAUGCUUUUAAUGUAUAAUAGAAAAGUGCACAUUCGUGAUCGUGUCUAUUACAUAUCGCUCAAAGUGGAACACUUGAUUAUACAUUGUGUAAUUCCUGGUUUUCCCUCGCACUCUCUACAUGCGCAAUUGCUGUACAUAUAGUGUGUGUGUCUGUGUGUGUGUGUGUGUGACUGAUAUAUUUUGAACUUAUUAGAGUGAUUUAUAUCAUAACAAAUAUCAGAAUAUAAAUAAUAUUUUAGCUGCGCUCCUUGUUAAAAGAUAAUCAAUUUUACUGAAUUGCACUCUGAAGAGUAGAAAGCAAGAUCUCAAUACUUUUAAUCGGUUUCUCAAAUACACACCUCUCUCCCUUCUCGAAGCAUGAUCUAGCAAAAAUUUGUUAUUGAUAAAAUUGCGGUCUAAUAAUAUGUUUUCUAACUAUAUAAUUAAUGAGUGUCAUGUAAAUAAGUGUUUAGAAGUUUGACGAAUUUUAUACUCAUAAUCUGUAUUUAUCCAUGAGCUAUUUAUUUAGCGAUUACGUGCGAUCUCAAUCAUCUUGACGAUCACUCAUGCCAUCUUAGACACUGCGUAUCUAAACUAUAAAACUAUUUAAAAUUUUUUAAUUUUUAACUAUUUAAAUUAUAUAAAAUUAUUUAUUUUUUUUACUUCCAAAUAUUACACUUUGAAGUUGAAGUUGAACUGGACAUGUUACUCCAAAGAGCGGAAAGAAUCGCUGCGAAAUGAAACGAAAAUAAUAAUAGCGCAAACAAAAGAAUGUAGAAAUACUCAUCCAUUGUUUCGUAACUAUGACUUUGUUUUUUUACGACUCCGUCAAGCAAUCUUGGCAUAACAUAGUCUCUCGACGUGAUUGCAAUGUAACUUGUCGCGAUGAAACUAAUUAAAGUAAUCAAAAAGCAUGAUUUCUAUGCCUGCUUCUAUUACUUACGAAACAAUGACGUACGAUUACAAUAUUUCUACAUACUUCCUUUGAAGCUUAUUGUAUUUUACAAUUUAAAAUGCAACAUUCGAAACUCGAAAAUUUUGAAUACUUUUAUAGUUACAUUUAACGCAGUGUAAUGUAAGCCAUGAACUAAUCUAAAUCUCGCCAUUUCAUUGUAAUAAUUGUACAAAUAACAAAUGUCCGAAAAGUUACGUGCAAGAGCACAUGUGGGGUGCUACUAAAUAGUGCUGUAUAAACACUUUGCGUAUCGGUGUUACAAGUGAUGUCAGUGUUAAUAAAGCUUUGCACGUGUAAUCUGUA